GGUUGAAUACAACAGAGGCAUUGUUCCAUGAGAAAAAGCUGUGGUUUUGUAGAAGGUUUAAAAGUGACUUCAUACCUUUUUUUCCAAACAUUGACUCAUUCACCAUGACAGCUUUAAAUAAUAUAGUCCACGAUGCAUCUUAUCAUAAGAUAAAACCAGAAGUUCUUAUAGAACUUCCAGAUCCCAAACCUAUUAGUGACAAUUGCACUAUCAUUAUGAAUGGCCAUCACAACUAUGGAAUGUCUGAAGAAAAGGAAUCUUGUGUCCGAGAAGAAAUUGAGGAAGAGGUACAACCUUUUUUAAAUCAUUGUUCACCGAAUCACAAAUUGCAUUCCAUGAAGAACUCGAAUUCUGCCGCUUCGUCCAACUCUUUCCCGCUGAAGGAAUCUUUUGCUGCAUCAAGUGCUGAAGAAGACAGCGAUGCUGGAGUCGAACCCGAAAGCUCAACCCACCUGUUGCAGGACCAGGAGCAGAUGGACCAAAGCCCAAAGUGUCUUAGGAAUAAAGCCAAAUUGCCAACUUUCAAAUCCUCACCAAGUAAGAAACAAGCAUCACAUGAUCCUCAUUCUCACAUACAGCAUCGUCCUCUUGGCAUCUCACAAGAUACUACACCAGACCAUUACUUUCACAUCAAGAGAUACUGGCCGCCUAGUACCCUGGGAUGUAUGCUUUUAAGUGUCUCAUUCUUCAUUCUUAUUGUAACCGGCCUUGUUGUUGGCUUUUAUUUCUUAUUUUCUAACAACUGCGAUACCAGAAAGCAGUGGUGGCAAAGUGCAGUCAUAUAUGAGAUUUUUCCAGCUUCUUUCCAAGACACAGAUGGCGAUGGGUUUGGCGACAUGAAAGGUCUGAUUGAACGCCUGGACUACAUCCAGAAUUUAAGUGUGGACAUUGUGAGAUUGAAUUCCAUUUUCAGUGCUUUAGAUUAUCCGCUGGAAUAUGAACAUGUCAUUGACUUUGCCAACAUAGACCCGCAUUUGGGUAGAAUUGAGGAUUUUCAGGAGAUGGUGCAAGAGCUUCAUGAACGUGGCAUGCAUGUCAUCUUAGACAUGAAUCCUACAGUUACCAGUGAUCAGCAUACAUGGGCAGCUCAUUGGCUUUUGCAUAUACCAGGGCCAUUUCAACACUUCUACAUAAAUGUAACAGAAGAAGAGGGAGAGGAGCCACCUCUUGAAGCCAACCCAGACUAUAACGGCCGAACAUGGACACCACCUCACAGAACAUUCGGCAACCACCUCUUCCUGAACUGGUCAAAUCCACUCCUCCAAUUAGAAAUGAGAAGCGUUUUGGAACUAUGGCUGUCUCAAGGGAUCGAUGGAUUCUACAUGAAACACCUGGAAAACAUCCACGUCGCCAAUUCCGACCACAUAAUCAAGAUUUUGCACCAGUGGAGACAGCUGCUUGACAAGUACAGCGUCAACAGCACACGUAAAUUGUUGAUGGUAUCUCACGACAGUUUCAAGUAUUUGCAGUCAGUCAUGGAUCCGCUGACUUUCUUGGCUGUGCCAUCCAUGUUCGAUGUGGUGGAUGCCAGUUUAAAUCUGAAAUCGAAUGGAAGUGACCUCAUUGGAAAGGAGGUUGAUGACAUCAGAAAAUUCUGGAGUCAGUUUGCUUUUACUCCUCCAAUCGUUUGGCACAUGGGAAGUGCAGAAACAAUGCGACUCAACAACAGAAUUGGAGGAGAUACCAACAUGGCAGCACUGUUUUUAUUGACAAUCCUGCCAGGAUCAUUUUCAACAUUCUACGGAGAUGAAAUUGGAUUGCAGGAUUCCGUUGAUCUUAUCACUUCAGAGGUUUACCGUGGAGGUCAGCUGGCGCCAAUGCAGUGGACACCUGAUUCUCAAGCAAAUUUUACCUCUGAAGGCUCUACGCCAUGGCUGCCCAUCCACCCAAACUACAUGACCAGGAAUGUUGAUUGCAAAGAAGACCAACUGCAACUCUUCAGGAAACUUGCAGAAUUGAAGAAAAGUGAAGAAGCCAUGUUGACAAAUUACGGUGCGAGAGAAACGUCUCUAAUGCAUACCCUUGCUGUACGCUUCAGCACACCUUUUGAAAAUGAAGGCUUUGUUUAUGAGUGGUACCAGAAUCCCUGUGGGUUAGUCGGUGCUCGAACUGUCCUGGGAGACGUUUUCUUGUUGGCCAAUUUCGGAACUGAAUUCUUGGGGUUCAACGAUGAUACCUCAUGUCAGAUUGGAAGCAGUAUAACCUCAUUCAUAACCACCGAGUAUAUGACCAAACAAAUAGAGGUUAUCCUCGCUACAAAUAAUUUGCAGAAAGAUAGCGAAGUAUUGAGGGAUCUUCUUCUGGAACCUGGGGAAGCCAUAAUUGGGCGUUUCAUAACAUGAAGUGCAUGCUGAUUUGCAUUGUUUUUUUGUGAAAAAACACAUUUGAUAAAAGAACAAUAGACUGAACAAUGUCAUUUUAAGCAUUUAACGAUUUGAGAAUGUUUUAGUGCUUCACGGUUUUUAAAAAUGAGUGAACUUAUUCUGAUUUUUAAACUGAUAAGUAAACUGAUAUUUGUCUUUAAUGAAAGAUAUAAACUGUUCACGGAAGUUUGAAAAGUAAUGACUGAUGACAAUGUCCAUCAUUAAUUAUGGAGUUUGGUAAGGAAACAGAAGUCCCAGCUGGAAUUUUACCAAAACUUUUCAAGGACAAAAAUGAUGUACAUAUUUCAGUGUGGUGAUAGUGGAAUGUGAACAUAUAAACAUUUAAUCCUUUCAUUUCGUAAUAUAUUAUGUUAAUAUUUUCUCUGCUUAUGUAACAAAAAUAGAAAAAACUUUAAUUACUAGUACCUAUUUUUUUCAUUUAUGAAAUAAAAAUGAAAGGUGUCCCAAAAUUAACGCAAGAUUUUAAUUUGACACAAUUCGUGCAGUAAAGUUUGGUAACCCGAUUAAAAAAAAAAAAAAAACACUUGACAGCUGAUAGUUUAAAUAGAGCGUUACGCGAUAGAAAACAACAUGUUAAUGCAAAAUUUGAAUUAAAUAAAAAAAAACGGAAUUUUUUUCUUUAAAUUGUUAUAUUUUUAUUGAAUCAUAAUGUACUCAAGAUAGUUUCAGAUAUAGAAUAACAGGACAAAUGGCCUCCACCACUUUGUUGGCAGAUACGUACUUUUUUGUCGAAAUUUUCUUGACCAUUUUGCAUAAAUGUGGCUAACUUUCGUUGAUGUGGCGUGGAAUUUCCUCUUUCAAUGCACGCGUGCUUGUGGGAUUGAUACCAUAGACAUUUGACUUCAAAUAACCCUAUAAAAAUAAAUCCAAUGGUGUUAAAUCACACGAUCUAAGAGGCCAAUUUUCAAAUUUUCGAACUGUGGGUACAGACUUUCAUUAUUAUUGAAAUAUUAGCCAUCAUUGAAAACACGCUUUUCUAUCGUGUAACGCUCUGUUUUUAAUUUGUUAAACUCUAAAUUAUUCUUUGUCAAACGGUUUUUUAAUAGGCUCGCCAACAUUUUACUGCACGAAUGGUCAAACUCAACUCAAAAAUUGCGUUAACUCAUUGAGGUACGAACUCAAAAAUUGCGUUAAUUAUGAGAAAACUUUCCUUGUCCCAAUAAAUGAGAAAAUUCAAAAGAUCUUUUGAAUAAAUAAGUUUCAAUCAAAAUUAGGCGGAGUUUUGCAUGGACACAAAUUAAGAUUGAAACACCAAUUCUUAAUUUUUCAGUCCCGAAUAUAUAUUUAAUAUAUAUCCCUAUUUUUAUUUUAUUAAAUACUUAUGAACUGUUUG